AUGGACGUCGUCCUAGAGGUCGUCGACACCUUCAUUGCCGAUUACGCAUAUGCCUACUUUUAUCCCAAACGUCCAGCUCCCUAUGACUUCCCGUCACCAUCAAACACAACCGAUACCUCAGCCAAAGCCUUUUCAACAUGGAAUUACAAACCAGCUACACAGUUCCUCACCUUGGAACCCCCAGAACAAGCGUACAUGAGCGCAUGGGAUCGCGAUAACCCUUUUCGUCAAGCUCUUACACUAUAUCUCAUCACUUGGAUCUUUGGCCUUCUUGUUUAUUUCAUUGUCGCAACACUCUCAUACAUUUUCAUUUUCGACAAGCGUACCUUUGAGCAUCCGAGAUUCAUAAAGAACCAGGUCCGCCUUGAAAUCAUCGCGGCCAACAAGGCCAUGCCAGUCAUGGCUAUCAUCACAGCACCAUUCUUCCUUCUCGAAGUCCGCGGCUACGGAAAACUUUACGACACCACUGAUGAUGGACCUGGGCUGUGGUACGACUUUUUGCAGUUCCCGCUGUUCCUCCUAUUCACCGACUUUUGUAUCUACUGGGCCCAUCGCUGGCUUCAUCAUCGCCUGGUUUACAAGUAUCUGCACAAGCUUCACCACAAGUGGAUUAUGCCCACCCCAUUUGCCAGCCAUGCCUUCCAUCCCCUCGAUGGCUUCACUCAGUCGUUACCUUAUCACAUCUUCCCUUUCAUAUUCCCACUUCAGAAGAUGGCAUAUGUUGCGCUCUUUGUGUUCGUCAACCUGUGGUCUGUCAUGAUUCACGACGGCGAGUAUCUCACCAACAACCCUGUGGUCAACGGUGCGGCAUGCCACUCGCUCCACCACUCUCGCUUUGAGGUCAACUAUGGCCAAUUCUUCACUGCCUUUGACCGUAUGGGCGGCACAUACCGCAUGCCUGAGCAGUGGAUGUUCGAGCGCGAUAUGAAGAUGUCUGAAGGUCGCUGGAAAAAGGAGAUCGAGAAGGUCGACGAGCUCAUUGAGGAGAUCGAAGGCAGCGACAGCCGCACCUACACGGACAAUGCGCCCAGCAUGAAAAAGACUCAAUAA